UUCACAUGCUCUGUUACACAGCCCGUACAACGACAUACUGGUGAUGAAACCGUCCAGCCGUCGAUUAGGAAGAAGGAUGUGUUACUGACAUAUAUAGGUCAUCAGACCGACGAUUUCCAUCCGUCGGUGGAAUCCCUCAAUUCAUUGGUGCGAUCCUUCAGACGGCACAAUAAAGAGGCUCGCAUUGUGGUGUUACUGACUGCAAAUUAUCGUAAGGGCAUGUUGAAGGCGUUCCUAGACCAUUUCGACGUUGAGACAGUCAUCUGCCGGCCGGCGACCUAUUUUAUGAACCAUGUGCAGAUGCGCUUCUACUGCGAACGAGACUUUCUGGCCGAGAAUUUAGAUAUACUGCGAAAUGUUUUUCACUCGGACACCGACGUGCUUUUCCAGGAUAACAUCUUCGACAGUCGCAUCUUACAAACCAAUGGUGGGUUAGUUGUCUUCGAGGAAUCGCUCAGCAAACUUGUGGGGGACUCAACAUCCAACAGUGAAUGGAUUGAAACCUGCUAUGGGCCGGAGAUACGAGACCUGAUGGCCAAUAAAACUCGAAUUUGCGCUGGUACUAUCGCCGGGGAGGCCCAUGCAUACCACAGAGUUCUGGAUCAAGUUCUGCUACCACAGCUGCCCCGGUGUAAUGAUCAAGGUGCCUAUGCAGUGAUGUACCAUCUAGGAAUGUUUGAGGCUGUGGGCGUUAGCACCAGACGUUACCUGUUUACCGAACCACUCGUGGCGACGCUCAAUGCCCCUGCCGUAGCUUUCAAUGCAUGGGGCGAGGUGGUGAAUCGCGAUGGAUUACCAUACGCAGUCCUCCACAUGGCCAAACGACACCCAAUUUUACAACGAGUGUUUGAGCUUCAGUAUCCCCUGAUGAGUUUGAGAGAACAACACAGUUGUCGGUUCCAGCAUAGAUUGCACAAGUGCAAGGCCCCGGUCUAUGGACGUAACUUCAAGCGAGACAAAG